UGGGAAGGCCCCAAUGUGGUCUGUACCUCAAGGGCGAUGAUAGGGCACACGGACUCAGCUGAGGCUGCCCCCGGCACCAUUCGAGGCGACUUCAGCUUCCACAUCAGCAGGAACAUCAUCCACGCCAGCGACUCCGUGGAGGGGGCCCAGCGGGAGAUCCAGCUGUGGUUCCAGAGCAACGAGCUGGUUGACUGGGCAGACGAAGGCCACCGGAGCAGCCUCUACACAGCCUGAACCUCAGGCUGCCCUAGGCUGCCCCCAGCAUCCACCCAGGACCAACUACCUCUGUCCACAAGAACUUGAGCCCACACUGUGCUCUGCCCAUCUGUCCCAGACCACUUCCCUGUUCGCCUUCGGCUUCAGCCCAGAGCAGUUGAGCCAACUUUAUGUGCCUUUUUGGUAUCUUAAACCAGCAGGUGAUUGGACCAAAUCCUUUCCAUACCAAAAUGCCAGACCACCUUUGGGGAGGGGGGUCUCCAAAAGUGGUUUAACCUCCC